CUCUUUCUCUCUCCCUCUCCUCCCUGUUCUCUCUCUCUGUCUCUCUCUUCCGUCUGCAAUUUUCGAUUUCUUCAAAGCUCCAAAACAACCAAGAAACUACCAAUUAGGGUUUCGUCUUCGGAGCUCCGAUUUUGUAUGCGGGAUUAUAUGAGCGUUUUGUAUAGCAUUCUGUGGAUUCAUUGUGUUGCAAUUCAAUGGCGGAGCGGAGGUUCGGUAUAGGCUAUGCUUUGGCGCCCAAGAAGCAGCAAAGCUUCAUCCAAGAGUCGCUGGUCAACCUAGCCAGAUCGCGGGGCAUCGAUCUCGUUCGGAUCGACACUGAGCGCUCGCUGGCAGAUCAGGGGCCGUUCGACUGCGUGCUGCACAAGCUCUACGGAGACGAUUGGAAGCGGGAGCUGGCGGAGUUCAGGGUCAAGAACCCUGACGGGGUUAUAAUCGACGCGCCAGAGGCAAUCGAGCGCCUGCACAAUCGGAUUUCCAUGUUGCAGGUGGUUUCGGAGCUGAGAAUCGAGCACGAGAGCGACACGUUUGGGAUUCCAAAGCAGAUUGUAAUAUACGACAAGGAAACGCUAUUUGAUCGCCAGGCGUGGGAGGGUCUAAAGUUUCCGGUAAUCGCGAAGCCACUGGUGGCCGACGGCAGCGCCAAGUCGCACAAAAUGGCGCUGGUUUUCAACCACGAUGGUCUCGACAACCUCAAGCCCCCAAUUGUGCUUCAAGAGUUUGUGAACCAUGGCGGCGUCAUCUUUAAGGUGUAUGUGGUUGGAGGGUAUGUCAAAUGCGUGAAGCGUAAGUCGCUUCCGGAUGUUUCCGAAGAAGAGAAAUUGGGGAGCUUGGAUGGCUUGAUGUCGUUCUCACAGAUAUCGAAUCUUGCAAACAAUGAGAGAACUGAUGACAAGUAUUACAAAAUGAUGCAGCUGGACGACACUGAGAUGCCGCCGCAGAGUUUCAUCACUGAUAUUGCAAGGGGCUUGCAGCAGGCAAUGAAGUUGAACUUGUUUAACUUUGAUGUGAUUCGGGAUGCGAGGUUUGGGAACCGCUAUUUGAUAAUCGACAUUAAUUACUUUCCUGGGUACGCCAAAAUGCCUGGAUAUGAGACUGUGUUAACGGACUUCUUUUGUGACAUUGUGCAAAAGAAAGAGAAAGAUGGGGUGGAAAGCACUGGUUUGGAUAGUUACGAGGUUCUUAGCUGCGACGAUGAAGUGAGGAAGAUUGUAAGUUGUGAUGGAGAUGAUGGGGGUGAUCUUAACUUAGAAGAGGAGAACCGAAUUCAAGUUUAAAAGGCAGUGUGGCCUCUUCGUCUGAUGGUUGGCUGGCAGGUUAUUUGGUGAUUGAUGGACGAAGUUGAGCUGCACAUUAGGUUUAGAUAGCAGUUGGGGUACAGUGCUGAAGUGAGUAGGUUGGCUCUUGGUUUUAGCUUUAACUUCUUGACAACAAGAUUACAUGAAGUUCAGUGUUGAUCGUGUAUAUUCCAUCCACCAAUGCUCUGGAGAAGUUAAUUCUUUACAGUGAACCUUGUAGUGGGACUGGUUUCUCUAGUACUCAUUUGUCCUGGCCAAUUCGAUGACCCAUCCUUUGCUGCUCUAAGAAUAGAUACUUCUCAAAGUGUGCCUGGAUUUUGAUUGAUACACAUUUGACAUGAUACUUUCUGGAUUCUUCUGGGUGCAUAUCCAAAUACUUCACAAACAUAUGCAGAGUUGGCGGAAGGUUUUGACUUUGCUUUUUUCUUUAUUUUCCUUCGUUGUUCAGUUAGUUAUUAGUUUCUUUUUCAAGUCACUCUUCUUUUAAUGUGAUUAAGUGUUGAUCUGUGAAGGAUAGAAUAACCUUUGUCUAUCACGUCCGUAAGUUGUAUAUAUCUACCUACUGAGAGUUUUCAUGAAAUGCAUAAUCACUAAUACACAUUUUUGCUACUCCUUUGAAUGUUCAUGCAUUGCAUAAUUUUAUGGGCUUAUUGGAAAGAUUAUGGUUCAUGUAAUGUGUAGAGAGUCCUUGAUGCCAUCUGUAGAUUGAGCUUCAUGUACUGGCCCUCUGUUGGUGUAAAACUGAUGCGCGAGCCAAGUUCAAACUUCAAUAAAUUAGCGUCUUCUUGUUA